CUGAUCCGCUGUGCAGCUAAUAAGGGACAAGGGAAAGCUCAUCGCAGCCGCCAUGGGGGUAGAAGGAUGUACCAAAUGCAUUAAAUAUCUGCUCUUUGUCUUCAACUUCAUCUUCUGGCUGGCCGGUGGUGUGAUUCUUGGGGUAGCACUGUGGCUUCGACAUGACCCCCAAACAUCCAACCUACUUUUUCAGCAAUUUGAGGACAAGCAAGCACCAGGGACCUUCUACAUUGGUGUCUAUAUCCUAAUAGCAGUUGGCGCUGUCAUGAUGUUUGUGGGAUUCCUGGGAUGUUAUGGGGCCAUUCAGGAAUCUCAGUGUCUUCUGGGAACGUUCUUUGCUUGCCUGGUGAUCCUCUUUGCCUGCGAGGUGGCUGCUGGUAUCUGGGGCUUUGUGAACAGGGAUCAGGUGUCAAAGGAAAUGGGACUUUUCUACAGUGAGGUGUAUCAACAUGCAACCACCGGCACUAAGGAACAGCAGCAAAAGGCUCUCCCUGUGCUCAAGGCUUUCCAUGAGACACUGCAGUGCUGUGGUGAUGGCAGUCUUUCAAAAUUCGCCCUCUUGAACCUUAACGAAGUGUGUCCAAAGCCCAGUAAUUUACUAGAUCAAUUCACCAUGGAGGAUUGCCACCAGAAAAUCGAUGCUCUGUUCUCAACCAAGCUGUAUUUGGUCGGUAUCGCUGCUAUUGUGGUGGCCGUUAUCAUGAUCAUCGAGAUGAUAUUCAGUAUGGUCCUGUGCUGUGGCAUCCGAAUUUAUUCUGUAUACUAAGGAACGCCUUUAUUCUCCUGUGUAUAUAAGUCCUUGUCUUUUCCCUCUGCCCCAAGCCCUCCAUUUUAAUUUUUUUCUAAAUAUUCUGCCCUCUUGGUGAUCGAGUCAAUGUCCUGCCGGUGCUGUGGAUUCCUAGCUUGGACUUCCCCUAUGUUUUUAUGAGCAAUGCUCUAGAUAUUUCUUCAACAAGACACUCAGGAAUUUGGGUGCCCUCGAAUGUAUACGGUCUGCUUGCAGUGCUCUGACUUCCAGUUUACAGCGUCUGCGGUCAGAAGGACGCAUCAUCUUGUGUAUGCCACUUCAUAAGAUACUAAAGAGUUCCAUGGUGGGGCCUUGUGGUAAAACCAGCUCUGGCUGCUCUUUACAUUCUUAUUGCUGUAGAGUCAUGAUCUCUCCCGUUUCACGUGUAAAAGAUGUUGUGUUUGUGCUGUUUGGGAGAGGAGUAAAUCCAUAUUCCUUGCACGAUGGCCCCGUUUCCUACACUCCGUCAUUACAUAGUAAAUAUAUAUAAAUAUAAACAUGUAAAAAGAUUCUGAUUAAAAUCCUUUGGGGGCUUUUACCCCA